AUGGCAGACUUCACGCCCAACGCGAGCGCAGGCGCAAGCACGUCUCCCCCGGCGUCUCCGGGCCCGGAAACCCUGUCUCCGCUUGAGCAGGAGGUGCUGGACGAGUAUGCGCGGUUGGCUGGGAAUCUGAAUGAUCUUUCCGCCCUCCUGUCAACGCUCUCCCAAAACCCCAGCGCAGGCAUCCUCGACGCGCUGCGCGGCCUCGAACGCAAGACGAGUCUGGUCUUCACGCUGCUGAAAGCCAGCGUCUACAGCAUCGUGCUGCAGCAGCAGAUCUAUGGCGAGGAUGAGGGUGGUGAAGGUGAAGGACUUGAGGGGGGGAUGGGGGAGGGUGAGAGCAUGGACGUGGACGUGGACGUGGAGUAA